AUGUAUGACCCCGCAAACCCGAGUCGAGAAUACAAUCUUCCAGACGGCGACGGUAUCACCGUUGAGACAGAUGCCAAGAUCAACAUGGCGUGGACCCAGUUCGAAUACUCCCAAGACGUUGAAGUGCGAAUCAAGUCGACCGAUAAUUCGAAGCUUGGGCCGGCAUCAAACGUUGUAAUCCGCCCUUCCAAAAUCAAGUACACCAUCAGCUCCCCGGAUGCAAACACAGUUAUCAUACCCGUCCCAUAUGAUGCCAGCGGCCGAAGAGUUUCAGUUGAAUUCCAGAAUGGCCUUUAUACAUAUCGUUCGAAUGGGCAAUUGUAUGUCAAUUCAGGGGGUCUUGCCGUUAGUGAAGAGCCACGAAACGCUCUCCUAAUCUUUGCUAGUCCUUUUAUUCCUAAAGGACUGAUUCCAUCAAAAACUUCCUCCAACACUCAGGUCCUGAAGCCUGGGAAGAUCACCGCAUCUACAAUUGGAUCCAAGCCUACCUUGUAUUUCGAAGCUGGUAUCUAUUUGAUGGAAGAAGAUGGACACUUGGGCAAGAGCCAUAUCAAGUUGGAUCCCAAUACCAACUACGUCUACUUUGAGCCCGGAACAUACAUCAAGGGCGCAUUCGAAUAUACAACCUCCAAGAACGACUUUUAUACUAUCGGGCAUGGUGUAGUCUCCGGUGAAAACUAUGCAUACAUGGCCAAUACAGCCAAGGGCUACGUUGCAGAAAAAGAUGAUCGAACCAGUCUCCGGAUAUUUUCACAUCAAUCAGUUCUGGAUAGCCAGACAUGGCAUUGCGUUGGCCCGACUCUUAACGCUCCGCCCUUCAAUACUGUGGACCUCUUUCCCAAGGACCACACAGAUCACGAAGAAGACAACAAGGUUAGGCAAGGGAUUUCUGACUACAAGCAAGUGGGUGCCUUUUACUUCCAGACGGACGGUCCACAGAUCUAUGCCGGCACUGUGAAAGACUGCUUCUGGCAUGUCAACGACGACGCCAUCAAGCUUUAUCACUCCAAUUCAAAUAUCAAGGAUGUGACGAUAUGGAAGUGCCACAACGACCCAGUGAUUCAGAUGGGCUGGAAGCCGCGUGGUGUCUCUGGGGUUACCAUCAAAGGUCUCAGUGUCAUCCACACUCGAUACUUCAAGAGUGAGACUGGUGUUCCGUCUGCAAUCAUUGGAGCGUCGCCCAAUUACCAGAGCCAGAAGUUUGUGGACACUUCAAGAACGGUUAGCGGAGAAAUAUCAGAUAUCACUUGCGAAGGACGUUGUCCGGCUUUAUUCCGCAUCGCACCUCUCCAGAACUACAACUUGUCGGUUAAAAACAUCAAGUAUGACGCGUUGCUCAAGGAUGAAAAAGUCCAGCUUGGUCAAAGCUUGAUCGGAAUGAAGAUUAGCGACCAGGAAGACGCAUAUAUUCCUGGGCAGGAUAAGCUUAAAAUGGGUCUUCGCAUUGAAAAUUGGUCGAUUGGUGGUAAGAAGGUUGACAUGACCAAUUGGAAGGUUGAUGAGCUCGGCCAGUUUAACAUUCAUCCAGAUUUCUGGGGAGACUGGACUAUCGCUUAA